AUGAGAAAAAAACGUUUACCAACAACCUCUAAAUACAACCGAUCAACGGUCUAUUUUCCAGGUUGCAAACGGCCGAGGGAAGAAGACUUCUUAACAUCAUCACCAUCUCUGUCUUUCUCUUCACUGUCUUCUUCCUCUUGCACGUCAUCAUUAGACGAUGCAAUAGAGAUAAGCACCACCAAAUCAGCCCGAACAUCUUGUGAGGAGAAUCAGAGCAGAGGAAAAGUUUUGAAUGCUAAUUAUUCUCCUCCUCCAGGCUCUGAAAUGUGGUGUGUGACAUCUCAUGUCAGGAUGGAACAUGCUCCUUCAUUUUCACGGCCAGUACAGUUGAUGAAUAGAUGUUUAGGGACGCAUUACGAUCCUGAGAGGAUCCCAGCGUCGGUGUUUGCCAAGACUGGUGGUGGUGAUGUGAACUGGAGUGAAAUGUCUAAUGACUAUUUGCUGUUGCAGUUCUUUGAGCCUAGCUCCAUGAUAAAAGCUUACAUUGACAAUUCUUCUUGUGUUAUUACAAGAAUAGCCUUAGUGCCAGAGAAUCCGUUUGAUUUUAAGUCUCGAGCUUCCAGAUCUAUUGGAGUCUCCUGGGUUAAUAAAACGUUUUUAACUCAAUCGAUGGGUGGCUGCGUGGCUUGUUACAGAGAAACCAGACCAACGGAAACUGUAAACGAUCCACCUUCCUAUUCUGUAGCUCAAAGGGUUAAGAAACCGAGCGUGUCUGAAGAUUUCUGGUCAACAAGUACGGUUGAUAUGGACAACAUCACCUUCCCUUCUCAGGGAGGAAGCAUUUCAUCAUCAAACCAGACUUUUGAUUCUCAAUCUGGUGCUAGAAACUCAAAUCCCCCUCCUGAGUUUGUUAACCAAGGUCUUCUUCUUUGGAAUCAGACAAGGGAACGUUGGGUGGCUAAGGAAAGAUCUAAUAACAAUCCACCGGAUCGCAAUCAUGGAUCCAAGAUCAAUUGGAACGCAGCAUCUUAUGAUAACUUGCUUGGGAGCAACAAGUUAUUUCCCCAACCUAUUCCUCUCAACGAAAUGGUGGAUUUUCUAGUGGAGAUUUGGGAACAAGAUGGUCUAUAUGACUGA